GGUGUGGCCCUACAGUGAAAUUCAACACAAUCGCCAAGUAAGUAAUCAUUAAUCUGCUGCACCUUGUAUAAUCACUUCUGUGGGGAUUUCAGAAGGUUUGCGAACAGACAUUAGGGUUCAGAACUGGAUAAAAUAUAAACAUGGAGGUCUUCCUGCUGGCAACCCUUUUUCCACUGGUCAGCUCAGCCACAAACAGUUUAGUGGAGCUGAGAGCCAGCGAUGUGGUCGCAGGGCCCUGCCACGGCCGUGUGACUCUGGUCUGCGACGUCUCCGAGGAGAAAGGCAUCACAGUGAGCAGCCUCUCCUGGAUCCAUGUGAAGGAGAAGAGACCUUUAUGCAGUACGGACCACAGCAUAGAGCUAAAGAAACAGGACAGAAUCCGAUGCCGCUACACACCCCAGACCCGAUUAGCUCUGACCAUUUCACCUCUGUGGCCCACAGACCAGGGAGAAUACUUGUGUAAAUUACGGUCCAACCUAGGCAUGAAGAACGCCAAGUCUCAAGUUCAAGUUCAAGAGUGCUUUAGCGGCGUCAAUGCGGUCUCCUCCCCAUCUGCGGUAGCCUGCCACUUCUACGGGGUUUUUCCCCUAGGCAAAGUCCACUGGUUCCACCAGGGGAAGAACGUAACCUCAGCAGCAACUAGCUCUAUCAAAGAAGACCACAAAGGAAUGUACAACGUGUCCAGUACCCUUCCAGUCAAUGAAGACUCAACUGCUGAAGAGUACAACUGCUCUUUAUGGAUUCCUGGUGCAGGAGCCUAUCGGAACAGCACUCUGGUACACGCAUCACAGCGUACCCAACGGAUCGCAGAUCCAAACACGGCUGUCUCGUUGCACAUUUUUGGACUGGGCUCAUACCUGCUCCUGGCCAGAGUUGUGAUGACGUAGGACAGUUUCACCACAUCAGACUCACAUCAGCCCUGCCCAAAGAGGUCCUCUUUUACUGGAGCCCACCUGGUGGCCAGGCAUCACACAAUCACUAUAGCCUCUCUGCUGAGUAACUUUCAGUUUCAAAGUGACUGAGCCAACCACACCCCUGCACCAGCUCCCUUUCUGCUGUUUCCUGAUUGCCAUGUACAUACAUUACAUUACAUUAAAUUACAUUAUUGGCAUUUGGCAAACGCUCUUAUCCAGAGCGACGUACAGUUGAUUAGACUAAGCAGGAGACAAUCCUCCCCUGGAGCAAUACAGGUUAUUGCUGGAUACCGGGGUGACGUCAAUGGAUUUUGGCGCCCGUGUUGUCCAGUUUAUAGUGUACAUGUGAACGAGUGCUUGGGCACCAGGGAGCUGAAUCCUUGUUUUCAAGCUCAAGCUUAAGCUGGUGCUAAAUUUGUAGAGAAAUACUGCCCUCUGGUGUCCUGAUUUAGGACAGUUUGCUGAUCCCCAUGUACAGCCCAUGCCUUUGUGACUGUAAAGGGUCUAGAAAUAACUGAAAUAACCGUCAAUUAUCUCAGAGGGAUGUGUCCACGGCUACCUAUCUGGCAGCCAAAGCUUCAUGUCAGAAGAUUCUUCAGUCAAGUGAAUAGGAAGCAUCAGGGCAGAACCUAUGAGAAUAGCUACAUGCCUCAAAGCAAAUUUAGCACCAUUACUGCAAUAAAAAUAUUGUGGCAGGCAGGUUAAUUUGACAUUUUCAAGCCUUUCAGCAAAUUGUGUUUGCAUUUUAAAGCCUGUUAACAACUCUUUAUAGAGACCGUGGUUCUGCUGUGAGGGGCAUUAUUUAAAGGGAUAGUCCCACUUGGGAAAAUCUGUUUUUGGUCAUCUUACCCAUAGUUUGACAAUAAGAAAUGCUGGAGGGUGCAUCUAAAUCACUAA